UUAUAUAAGUCAGUAAAAUUACUUGCGAAAGUUUGUCCUCGCGGAGCAGUUGGUCAUCAUGAGGACCUCGGUGUUACUAGUUGUGUUAGUUUUCAUUCCUGCACUGUCCCAGUGUUCCCCUUUAUACGUAUUGACUGCCCCAAACAUUCUGCGAAUUGAAAGCGAUGAAAAUGUACUUGUGGAAGGUCACGGAAUCAACGAAAACUUAGAUGUUGAAAUUCGUUUACAAUUUUUCCCGAAAAAUAAUGUAGUAAUAUUUAGAGCUAAUGGCAUUUUAACAAAUGAUAAUAAUUACCAAGUUUCAGUGCCUAUUAAGAUCCCUGGCGAUAGAAUUCCCAAAGAUACAAGCUUACCUGAAUAUGUAGUGGUGGAAGCGGUAUCAAAAACAUUUCACUUGGAGCGAAACAUCCUUAUUUCAUAUCAAACAGGAUACAUAUUUGUACAGACUGACAAACCAAUCUAUACACCAACUCAGACUGUUCUUUACCGUUUGCUUACUGUGAACAAUGAAAUGAAGCCCACCAAAAAAACUACUCUUGUUGAUUUUGUGAAUCCACAAAAUGUUAUUGUUAAGAGGGAAGAGGUAUUUGCCAAAGAUGAUACUGGUAUUACUGGAAGCACCUUUAAAAUACCCGAGAUUGUGAAUAUUGGAGUGUGGAAGAUUGCUGCGAGCUACAAAGAAGCCAGCCAUGUAAAUUUCACCACUGAAUUUGAAGUUAAGGAAUAUGUGUUACCGAGUUUUGAAGUUACCCUUGAAACAGAAAAGCAUUUUUUCUACGUUGAUGAUGAUAAUUUGGCUGUUUCAGUCACUGCAAGAUUCACUUAUGGAAAGCCUGUUGAGGGUCGUGCAUUUGUUAUGUUUGGAAUAAUGAAGGAUGGCGAAAGGAUAGGAAUUCCAUCAUCGCUUCAAUCAGUAGAGAUUACAGAUGGGCAAGGAGAUGCUAUAAUGACGAGUGCAAUGUUCAGAACCAGCUUUCCAGACAUUUAUGAACUUGUGGGAUGCUCAAUCUAUAUUACAGCUAGUGUCAUAACGCACACAGGUAGUGACAUGGUCGAAGCAGAAAGAUUAGGAAUUAAAAUAGUCACCACCCCGUAUACCAUAUCAUUCACCAAGACUUCCAAGUAUUACAAGCCUGGAAUGCCAUUUGAUUUAAUGGUCUACGUUACAAACCCUGAUGGUUCACCAGCCAAUGGAGUCCCUGUGAUAGUCAAUGACGGGCACACCCAUUCAAAAACCCAACAUGAUGGCCUUGCCAGGUUGACACUAAAUACAGUUGGGAAGUCACAGCUUCUACCAGUAAAAGUUGAAACAAAUGUUGCCAAUACCCCGAAAAAUCGCCAGGCCUCUGCAAGUAUGGUGGCACAACCGUAUAAGACACAAGGUGGUUCGGUAAACUAUUUGCACAUUGGUAUUCAGCCGGCAGAACUGAAUCCUGGAAGUAAUUUAGUCGUUCAUCUCAGUCUCCGUAAUGACAAUGCAGCUGUCCAGAACCAGAUAAAGUAUUUCAGCUACAUGCUGAUAAACAAAGGAAGGAUUGUGGCAGCUGGACGACAGCCAAGGGAGAUUGGCCAAAUUGUGGUGAACAUGCUCAUUCCAAUCACUUCUGACUUAAUACCAUCCUUCAGACUGCUGGUCUAUUAUUACCUGUUAAAGGGACCAGCCAUAGAAUUUGUUGCUGAUUCUGUAUGGGUUGAUGUGAAAGACACAUGCAUGGGAACAUUGAUAGUGUCUGCUGCAAACAAACAUGAUGAAAAUAAGAUUUACAAACCUGGAAAACAGUUCCAACUGAAAAUCACAGGUGACUCUGGGGCAACAGUUGGUCUCGUUGCUGUGGAUAAAGCUGUGUUCGUGUUGAAUAAGAAAAAUAAAUUAACACAGAGCAAGAUCUGGGACAUUGUGGAGAAGAAUGACAUUGGCUGCACGCCUGGAAGUGGCAGUGAUGUUCUUGGUGUUUUCACAGAUGCAGGGCUAACAAUUGUAACAAGCAGUAACCUCAAAACGCCAACAAGGACAGACCUGAAGUGCAAACAGCCAUUGAAACGUAGACGUCGUGCAACAAGACUUAUGGAUGUUAAGCUAGCUAAAUUGAAUCAGUACAAGGUGAAAACGUUAAAUAAAUGCUGCAGAGAUGGAAUGAAACGAAACCCCAUGGGGUUUUCAUGUGCAAGGAGAGCAAAGAGAAUAAUACUUUGGGAUGACUGUAAAACUGCCUUCCUGGACUGUUGCAACCACAUCCAACACUUUAAGGAUCUGCAGAGAGAAAGUCAAAUGACUUUAGCAAGAAGUGAUGAUGAUGAUUACUAUUCUCCCUAUGAGGAUAUAAUUUCCAGAAGUGACUUUCCAGAAAGCUGGCUCUGGAUACUGAAGCAUUUGCCCAGAGAUAACGAUAACGGAGUUGUGACAAAGGAGAUAUCUGGCUACCUUAAAGACUCUAUUACUACUUGGGAAAUACAAGCUGUCAGUGUGUCUCCGCAGAAAGGAAUAUGUGUUGCUCAACCUUAUGAGCUGACAGUGCAGAAGGAUUUCUUCAUUGAUCUUCGACUUCCAUAUUCUGUUGUCCGUAAUGAGCAAGUGGAAAUUAGAGCGAUCCUGUACAAUUAUGAUGAAGAAACGAGUCGAGUGCGUGUAGAGCUUCCAUAUAAUGAAAAUAUCUGCAGCGGUGCAAAACAGACAGAGCGAUUCAGAACAAUAGUAGACAUCCCUGGGAAAGGGUCCGUUGCUGUGCCUUACGUCAUAGUUCCUCUAAUAAUUGGACAAAUCGAUAUCGAAGUUAAAGCUUCAGUCUUUGACAAACUUGUGACUGAUGGUGUGAGAAAAUCCCUUCGUGUGGUGCCAGAGGGAAAGAAAGUCGACUGUCCCGUGCAAAGUUACGAAUUGGAUCCCAAAGGUCAGCAACAAACAAUUGAUAUUAACAUCAAAGUCCCAGAUGAUGUUGUUCCAGAUACAGAGCCGUUAUCAUUCAUCAGUGUUCAAGGAGACAUUUUAGCCCAAACAAUUGAAAAUUCCAUUGAUGGAGCCAAACUGAAACAUCUAAUUAGAGUUCCCACUGGCUGUGGAGAGCAGAACAUGGCAUCGAUAACCCCAGGAGUGAUUGUCACCAACUUCCUGGACAAAACGAGGCAGUGGGAAAGAGUGGGAAUGGAUAGGCGAGAUGCUUCAGUGAAGAACAUUCAAACAGGCUAUGCUCAGCAAUUGGCUUAUCGCCAAGCAAGUGGUGCUUAUGCAGCAUUUACAACUCGAGAACCGAGCACAUGGCUGACUGCUUACGUGGUGAAAGUAUUUGCAAUGUCGUUCAAUUUGAUCACAAUUGAUCCGAAUGUUCUAUGUGGAGCUGCACAGUGGCUGAUAUUAAAUAAACAGAAGCCUGAUGGUUCGUUCAAAGAAGAUGCUCCCGUAAUUCACGGAGAGAUGAUUGGAGGAGUCAAGGGAUCGGAAAGUGAUGCUUCAUUGACUGCCUUUGUACUCAUCGCAUUGUUUGAGUCUAAGGCUAUUUGUUCUCCUCAGAUGGAGAGUUAUGAAGACAGCAUCCAAAAAGCAGGAGACUACCUGAACAAUCGAUUUAAUGAUCUGAAGAGAACAUACUCUGUGGCAAUAACAGCCUAUGCACUCUCAUUAUUGAACAUCAACAAACUAGACACCCUGAUGAAAUUUGCUUCAGCAGACCAAUCAUACUGGGCAGAUGCUGGCAACGCUGACUCUUUGUACACAAUUGAGGCCACAGGAUAUGCCCUUCUCACUCUCGUGCAGUUAAAGGAGUUUGACAAAGCUGGCAAGUUAGUGAAAUGGCUGUCCCAAAGGGGCGAGUAUGGAGGUGGCUACAGCAGCACGCAGGCAACAAUGGUUGCUUUACAAGCUCUAGCCAAAUAUCAGAUGGAUAUUCCUGAAGUGAAGGAAAUUGAUUUGGAUGUCAGCAUCAUCAUUCCCGGCAGGAACAGACCUAUUCUUUGGCGUUUUGACUCAUCAAAUAGAUAUGUAGCAAAAUCUGAAAGGAUGAGUGCCCUUGAAAAAUUUACAGUACAAGCAAAAGGAAGAGGACAAGGCACAGUGAAAGUUCUAACUAGUUAUCAUGCUCUGGUGUCCAAGCAAGUAAAAAAGUGCACUAAAUUCGAUGUGCAAAUAAAUGUGCAAGAGGUGCCUCAAGCUGAUUGGCCCCAAGAUGCUCUGAAUUCUCUGGCGAUAAACAUCUGUGCACAGUAUCGUGGUGAUUCAGAUUCCUCAAUGGCCAUUGCAGACAUAUCCAUGCUGACAGGAUUUAGUCCGGAUAUGCAAGACCUUCAAUUGCUUCAAGAUGGAGUUGAGAAAUAUAUAUCAAGAUUUGAACUAGACAGGGCAUUGUCAACCCAAGGAUCAUUGAUUAUUUAUUUGGAUUCGAUUUCACACUUAGAAGAAACUUGUUUUGGAUUUAAAGUGCAUCAGUUCUUCAAAGUUGGACUUAUUCAACCAGCUUCUGUUAAAAUUUAUGAAUAUUAUGAUACAGAGAACAGUUGCAUUAAAUUCUACAAUGUCGAUGAGAACAGUGCCAUGCUUAGCAAAAUCUGUCAAGGUGAAGUUUGCAGAUGUGCAGAAGGAAGUUGUAUAUCAGUUAAGUUGCCCGAAGACCAUAUCUCUUACGAGGAUCGUGAGGAUAAAGCAUGUGACCAUGGAACAGAUUAUGUUUACAAAGUGACGUUUAACAAGAAGGAAAAGAGAGACAAUUACAUAUACUACGAAAUAGAAGUUAAGUCUGUCAUAAAGCAAGGAAGCGAUGACGUAAUGGAUGGACAAGUCAGAGAGCUAAUCAUUCAUGACAACUGUGAAGGAACAUUUAAUGUGGACUCAGACAGUGAUUAUCUACUGAUGGGGCAGGGAUCAGACUUGUGGAGUGACGGCCAAAGGGUCAAUUAUCUGGUUGGAGAUGGAACCUGGCUGGAACUUUGGCCAACAGAUGUGCAGUGUCAAAAUCAACAAUACCGCAGGCUCUGUCAGGGCCUAGCAGAGUUUUCUGAAAUCUUAAUGAUUAAUGGCUGCCCGACUUAAUAUUUUUGUUUCGUGAAUAAUUGGUAUUAUUUAUGUCCAGUAAUCCAAAAUAAAUAAUGCUUUUAUGUCGAAUGACGUUGAAACUGAUUUAUCUUACCUGUGUGCAAUAUUACAAGGUAAGCUCCUGUAAGUGAUGUCAGACAAGUGCAAGACUCAAUCUGAAUUACAAUGACAGUUCUUCGAAAUGUGUUUAUUGAACAAUAUGUAUGGCUAUCUACUUUACCUUGACUUUAUGCUAAUAUCGCAGUGAGAUUACUGACAAUAAAAAGUAUUGAAAACCA